AUGUCCACUGGGAGAGCGUAUAUGACCAGCAGAAUUGCCAACUCCCCUACCCGUCCGAAAUCACCCACUCAAACAUCUUCUGUUAUGUCAGAAACAAAACCAGUUCAGGCCGAGUCCAUUUCGAUCACUUCCGAGGCCGGCCAGGUGACCGGCCAGGUGGAAGUAAUGCCCUCCAAUGCCUGGCAACGGUUCAAAUACGGCUUUGGGCCGGCCGACACCACCGACAUGGACUUCACCGGUCUGACUCCCAUGGAAAUCACCGCUCUCAAGACAGCCAAUUCGCCCCUACAACGAAACCUCAAGGGCCGGCAUCUGCAGAUGAUUGCCAUUGGUGGGUCCAUUGGCACCGGGUUGUUUAUCGGGUCAGGAAGCACGCUUAGUCAGGGUGGUCCUGCGGCGUUGCUGAUCGCCUAUGGUAUCAUUGGAGUCAUGUUGCUGCUGACGAUGCACGCGCUGGGAGAACUGGCGGUCUGCUUCCCCGUUUCCGGUGGGUUUUUCACCCUCUUUACCCGCUUCAUCGACCCCGGCUGGGGCUUUGCCAUGGCGUGGAACUACGUCAUGAGCUGGUUUGUCAUUUUGCCACUGGAGCUGGUGGCGGCAGCCAUGACGGUCAACUUCUGGAACGAAAUCAAUGGCACAUCCAUCAACACCGCCGCGUGGAUCAUCAUUUUCUGGACCCUGAUUGUCUGCAUCAAUCUGUUUGGCGUCCGCGGCUACGGCGAGGCCGAGUUUGUCUUUUCCAUCAUUAAAAUCGCCGCCAUUUGUGGGUUCAUCAUCUUUGGAAUCAUCAUGGCCGCCGGUGGAGGACCUUCAGACGGCGCUUUUUCGUCUUAUCAGGGCGGAAAACUGUGGAAAAGUCCCGGAACUCUGGCCAACGGAUUCAAAGGCGUUUGCUCUGUGUUUGUAACUGCAGCGUUUGCGUUUGCCGGCACCGAAUUGGCGGGACUGGCAGCAGCAGAGACGGAAAACCCCCGCAAAAUGCUGCCCAAGGCCACCAAACAGGUCUUCUGGCGAAUCUGUCUCUUCUAUAUUGUCGCCCUGACGGUGGUGGGGCUGCUGGUGCCCUACGACAACGAGAUGCUGCUGAACGGCAGCUCGUCGGCAGACGCCACGGCCUCGCCCUUUGUCAUUGCCAUUCGGCUGGCCGGAGUCAAGGGCCUCCCCUCGGUAAUGAACGUGGUCAUCAUGAUCGCCGUGCUGUCGGUCGGAAACGCUGGAGUGUACGCCUUUUCCCGGACUAUCGCCGGAAUGGCCGAAGCCGGCCAGGCGCCCAAAAUGUUUGCCUACAUUGACCGACAGGGCCGGCCGAUUGUCGGCAUUGCGGUGGUGCUGAUAUUUUCGCUGUUUGCCUUCAUUUCGGCCGCCGGAGCCGAAGUUCGAAGCGCCGUCUUCAACUGGCUGCUGGCGCUCUCCGGCCUCUCGUCGGUCGUGGUCUGGGGCUCCAUCAACCUCGCCCACAUCCGGUUCCGACAGGCCCUCAAGUACCGAGGUCGAGAUACCGGCGAGCUGACGUUUUCCGCCGGGUUUGGCGUCUACGGGUCGUACGUGGGUCUGUCACUCAACAUUCUCGUGCUCAUUGCCCAGUUCUGGAUCGCGCUGUUCCCGCUGGGUGGCAAGCCCAACGCCGAGGACUUUUUCAUGGCUUAUCUGGCUGCUCCGGUGAUUCUGGCCUUUGUAAUUGGCUACAAACUCGUCAAAAGAGACGGAAUUCUCAAAAUCAGCGAGAUUGACAUCGACACGGGCCGACGAGAGAAGGAUCUGGAGAAGCUCAAGGCGGAAAUCGCCCAGGAGGAGUACGACUUGAGCCAGAGGGGAUUUGCGUACAGAGUGUACAACUUUUGGUGUUGA